AUGCUGAAGGCAACGCUCCGGCAGCCCUGCCUGCAAACCCAGCCCAGCUGCCCCACACCCGUUGAGGCUGCGCAAAACCUGUGUGUCUGCGGGAUGGCCGAGAGGGAUGCCGAAGGGAACACUGGCUGCCGACAGGAGACGGGGAGCAGAGGGGGGCAGAGGUGCCGACAGCUCCAGGAUGCUCCUGCCUCCGAGCUGGUCGAGCAGGAGGGAUGGUUGGGGCCACUGGGAGGGACAGGGCUCAACGGGGCUGCGCCGGACCCUGCACUGGAUGGCAGCAACCUGGCCUCAGUGGCUGAGCCCGCAGCCCCCCCAAAAUGCCCUGGCUCUGCCCCAGAGCUGCCCCCCGCAGCGGCCACCCCUGUAGCUGACCCCAGCCAGGAGUGGAAAGUGGUGAAGAUCCAACGGGUCCUCAUCAACCCCACCGGCGAGCUGAGGAAAGCAGGUCUCUCCCGCAGUGCCAGCCUCUCCGAGAAGGAGCUGAAGGAGGCGAAGGCGCGGAGCCAGAGGAUCGCGGCACAGCUCACCACGGCGCCCGGCCCCAGCUCCAAGGGCAUGCUGCCAGUUCCCCCCCUGAGCUGUGGGAUGAGUGGACCAAACCCCCUACCCAAAACGGGGAUCCUGGAGGAGUCAGCCGCCCGGAGAGCCAGCAAAAAGUCCAUGUUCACCUUCGUCGAGAAGCCGAAGCUGGGCCCCAACCCCGAUCUGCUGGACCUGGUCCAGAGCGUGGACAGCAGGAAGAAGCAGAAGGAGCAGGGGGAGCCUGGUGCUGAGGAUGAGCCCUUUGCCCUUGGGGCUGAAGCCGCAAACUUUGUCCCCAGCAGCGUGGCCAGGGGCAGGCAGCACCUCCCGCCAGCUGACGAUGCCCCAGCGUGGUCCUCCUGCCUCAAGUCCCCCACCAUCCAGCCCAAGCCGAAGCCACAGCCCAGCCACAACCUCAGCGAAGCGAGAGGCAAGGGGGCUGAGCUCUUCGCCCGCCGGCAGUCCAGGAUGGAGAAGUUCAUCAUCGAGGCUCCCUCCCAGCCCAAGCUGCUGCGGUCCCCGUCGCCCACCAUGUCCCUGCCUCCCUCCUGGAAGUAUGAUACCAAUGCUUGCCUGUCACCCAUGGUCUCCAGACAUGCCUCCAAGAGUCCCUCCAGGCCCUCCAAAACCCCUCCAGCGUCUCUCUAUGGCAACAAUCUGAUGGAGAACGAGGUGUCCCAGAAGGAGCUAGAGAUCUCCAAGCACCAGCCCUACCAGCUCCAGUCUUCACUCUUCAUCCUCUCCCCAUCCAAGGGGUCAGCGAGGUCCAUGCCCCAGGAGAUGCCUCCACCCAGACCCUCUCUUCCUGAUGCCUACCCCUACCCCCAGCAAACCUCCUGCCCAACCUCUCCAUUGCCUCCUUCCCCCGUUUGGCAUCCCCCUGCUGCGCCCAGCGCCGGCCAGACCACCUCCAGCCCCUUCCCCAGUGCCACCAGGGCUCAGCCCCUGACUCACGGCAGCCGUGCUGGUCCCGGAGCCCCGACCGAGGUGCUGCUGGCCUCCCCGUGCCGCCUGCUGCCACCCCGAGCAAAGGGGGGCUUCCAGGCACCCCGGCCCUCCUACUCUACCAGGAACGCCGGCAUCGAGCCGCAGGAAAGGCGGCUGUCCCUCCCCGCCUCACCCACCUGGACACCCCGGCUGGCGCGGUGCCCGGGCAGCCUGGACGGCUGGGCCAGCCCGGCCUCGGUGCCCGACCUGCUGCCCCCCGGUGUGUCCGGCCCUGUCCCCAGGCUGUCCCCCAGCCCCAAGAGCCCCCUGCCAUCCCCCGUGGUGGGCGGGCGGUCCUCGGCCAAGCGCUACACCUCCCGGUCCCCGACGGACUCGGACGGCUCCCUCGACUCCGAAGACUCGGGGGCCAAGAGCCCGGGCAUCCACAGCUUCAACCUCUGCCCGCGGGGCUGGACCAGCAGCCUGCGCCUGAAGCCAGGAGGGCUGCCCUCGGGGGCCCCCUGCACCUCCUAG